AUGACCACUAUACGACUCGUUCUCAUGUAUUUCUUUGGACAAAAGGACAACGGCGUCGUUAUCAAGACGGGCAGCCAGGCAAGCCGCUUAAAGCCCGGUGACUGCGUGAGCUUCUUGGGCGUCGGUACACACACCACAAAGAUCCAGGUCGAUCAUCGCGUUGUUGCACAUCUGCCUGACGCCAUAACCUUCGAGGAGGCUGCGGACUUGCUCGUUGUCCAUACCACUGCGUACCAUGCCCUUGCCAAUCUCGCUAAGUUAACGAAGGCCAAGUUGGUUCUGAUACAAGCUGUAACUGGUAGUGUGGCCCAAAUAGCUGUGUGGAUUGCGUUUCACCUGGAUAUGAGCGUCCAUGUCACCGUUGGUUGGGAAAACAAGCGGAGGCUAUUGGCUAAUACGCAUAAUCUCCUUAAGAAGCAUCGUUUCAACUCCCGCGAUGCUAGCUUCAUUAAAAGCAAGUGCCUGGCCACCCUUGGCACUUUUGUCGAGAUUGGUCUCUGCAACAUUCUCAACGAUACCCGGCUCGACACGAAACAGUUUGGAAAGAGCACGGCGUUCAAAUUCUUCAACAAGUUUACACUAUAUGAAGAGGAUGCAGCUGCGCUAAGACAGGACCUCAACGAGACCUUCAAGUUGGAAUCCUUGGCGCUAUUGAUUAUGUCGUCUAUUCUUACCUGA